AUGUGGUUACUGGACUACCAAGGAACCCUGCUUUGCCAGCCUACCUUGCAGGAGGGGAGCUAUGCCGUUCGCGAUUUUUUUGUUACUUCGUGCAGCUUCUACAACAGCUGCCAACCGAUAAGCGGCUUGACCUGCUCGGACGGCUCUCAGUGCCUCAUGUAUCAGGGUAAUCCGUACUUUGGUCAGAUCGACCUUGCCGCCGGAACCUAUGCUCACGUGUAUUCGGACAACAACUGCUAUUCGACCCCAUUGACGACUUACCCUGCCCCUGAUCCCGAUGAUUAUGGCAUCUUCAACAUUUGGGACAUUUAUCAGCCAGCGUCCAUCUGGCUGCAUCGAUACGACACACAGCAAACAGUGUGCGAUGACUCUUCCGGCUACGCCAAGAUUUUUUUCACGUGUUACCAAUACUCGUGCCCAUCCGGGUACACACUAAAGGCCAGUCCACAAACCAUUUACGAAGUCGACCAGGUGCCAUACACGGCGCUCUGCUGCGAUGCACCGACGACCAUAACAAGUACGACCAUCACCUCGACCACUUUCAGCAGCACCUCCUCCAGCACGGUAUCCUCCAGCACGGCAUCCUCCAUCACGGCGGCGGUGCGGGAGAUCCUGGAAACCUGGACGCAGCUGAGUGCGCCGAACCAGUCGGAUUCCAACGUAAACGAAAGCGGUGUUUUCGCCGAGCUCUCUCUGUCGACGGAGGUCGGCACCGUCAAGGUGGUAGCCCUUUCUCCGACCACGGUGACAGACAGCGUGCCCGUCAGCGUGGGGGACGAGAACUCAUCCGCUGGCGUAGAGGUUCCAGCCGAUCUGCUGGCAGAAAUCUCGGAUGGCGCUCCUGUCCUGCUCAGCAUCACCCUUGCGACCGAGGACUUUGCCGCAAAGUUCAGCAACUUACCCGUCGCCGGAGACGCCGAAGGGACAGACGCCCCCAUCAAGCUGGCAUCCAAGCCCUUGAUCUUCAGCCUGUUCGGAGCAGACGGCAAGCCCCUGGAUAUAGGGCGCAAGCUGCAGACCCCGCUGGUCCUGAGCCUCGAGGCCUCGGACGCUGCGGCGGUGGGUGCCUACUGGGACGAGGAGGCUGCCCGGUGGUCCACCGAAGGCGUCCAAAACCUUGUGGCGCCUGAACGUCGACUCCGACAAACCAGCGACUUCAUCCUCGCGUUCGAGUCCGAGCAGUUGGCGCCCGUGUUUGCCGGCAUCCUACAAGCGCUAAGUUGCAGCACCUUCGCCCAAAUUGCCACGGAGACGGGGCUGCACCGGAUGACAAGGACGGAAUGGCUCACCCGGGCUUCGACCCUCGUCGUCUUUUGCUUCGUGGGGUUGUCCCUGCUGGCCUUGUGCGCCGCCCACCGACAAGACUGGAAGGCUCAGCAGGCGAUUGCCAAGGAAGACCGGAAUGCCCUGCACUUCCACACGCAAGAAAGCCUGAAGGAGGAUGUUGGCGCCUGGUGCUGGUGCCCUUCCGGAGGAUGGCUGCUGAGCCAGUGCCGUCGCCUGGUGGCAACCCUGCUCAAGGUGGGUCGCUUGGGACCUUUUGUCGGCGAGACUCUGGUCAACCACUGCAUCGAAGCGAUACAUUCGCACAGGAGCCGAGUGGAGAAGCAGAGCCUCCGCGCUCUUCUCCGCCACGGGAGCGGAAAGCUUCGGCGAUCCCAGACCAGAGAUGCUAUGGAGAUACUGGGCAGGCUUGGCAACUCGUCGCACAACCUGGACAUCCAUGGACAUGGCUUCUCCAGCGUCGAGGAGUUCGUGGAAGGCCCUUGGCACAUGCGGGUCCGGCUGCUGCUCCCGGCCAAACACCCCUGGCUGACGCCACUCAGAUUCUGCGCCUUCGUGCGCGCCUCCGUGCGCACGGCGCUUCUCAUCCUGAAGCUGGCGGGUGCCGGAGCUGUGGCCGCCCUUUUCUUCAGCAGCGACGCACAGCUCGAUGACAGCGACUCCGGCUGCAGAGUGGCGGACGAUUUUAUUUCCCAGCUGGUGCGGAAAUUCUGGAUCAGCGUCGUCUCCUUGUUCAUUGGCGAUGCCGUGAUCCUCUUCCUCUUCCUUGUGCAGUGGCGCAGAACUGUUCGACAGGAGUCGUGGACAAGCCGGAAGAUGGCCAGGCAGAAAUGCGUAUGGCGACUGAGGCUCCUAUGCUUCUGGGUGCUCUCUUUGGGCUACGGUGGCUGCUGCCUCUUCUACUGCUUGCUCUUCCUCGCCAACGUUUCCGCUAAAGAUGGCUUGGACUGGCUGGAAGCCAUGGCUUUUGCCCUGGUACAGGACCUGGUUCUGGUGCCAGUGUGUGUGGCGGUGCUGCUAGGGCUUGCCGCGACGCUGGCCCUAACCUGCAGCCGCAGUGUCAGAGAAGGUGCUGAGAAUCGCUGGAUUGAGGACAGCACCUUCUUCUCAUCCUGCCCUGCGGACAAGUUCAAUGGCAGAGGACCAGGCGAACGCGGGGAGAACGCAAAUCAGGACGAGGCUGCUGACAUUGCUAUCAUGGACAUCCUGCAGGAUGCAGAAACCAUCGACGAUGACUUGCUGGAGAACUUGGCAAGUCUGGGUGUGCUCCUGAAUGAAGCCUCCGAUGAGUUGGCACUCGGAGAGUCCUCCGACUCUGAGAGCUUCUGGGGUGAAUGCGUGGAGAACCAUGCCGAUUUUCUCCGAAUCUGA